AUGAUGUCUGCCUUUAAAGCUGUAAUAUUUGAUCUCGGUGGAGUCUUGUAUCCCUUCAGGGAUUACAGUAAAUUCCAGAGGAUUACUGCAAGAGGUAUGCUUUAUUCUCUAAAUUAAAAUAAUUCCGUUUAGCUGCCGCUGAUCCCUGGAUAAAAGAAAAGCUUACUGGAUGGCAAGAAGGCAAGUAUCCAGUGUCCGAGAUCCAGGAGUUUAUUGUUGAUGCCUUUGGGGAACUUGUAUGUUUGUUUUCGUACUAUACUAUACUCAAAGGCGCAAUAUUGCGCAAAUUUAUGCCCUCUCCCUGUGGACAUUUUUUUCUUUUUUUCUCUUCUCAGACAAGAAUUACGCAUUUCUUGUCUAGUGGUUUAACAGACAAGAAAUCACAGUUUCUGGCCACGACACCCGAUUUGAUGCGUAUGUCACAAUCCUUAUACCUCUCUCGGACUUCGAAAUUCGCUCGGCCCAUAUUAUAUAAAUCCUUCGUUUAUUUGUAUACGUGUCUGGAUGUUAAAGUCUAAAAUAUAAUAGUACAACGAAUUCUUCUUCACUAAGCAUUCGUUUGGUUUUAAUUUAUGAGGAACGUAAAACUACAAGAAAAAAUGUUUCUGAACAUGUUCAGUUGAUUGAGUUGAAUUAUUUCCAUAUGCAUAUGUGUUUUCCUUGACUUAUAGAGUGUAUACAUAUAUUUUUGUGGAGUUGAAUUUAAAAUUGUAAUCAUUUCAGCCCCCUAACUGUACAGAUCUUGAGAAUAUCAACUUCGACGAAGUUGUUGGUCCUAAGGUAAGCAUUCCUUUUGUUUUAUUUCAAUACUUACCAGGGAAGCAGUCUGGCGCUUAGAUUUUCCUUAAAUUUUGCACAAACCUCUGGCAAAUGCGACACAUCAAUUUCUAAAAAUUUUAGCGCGCGCUUUGCAUUCGACGAUCUUUGCGGCCGAACGAGUAUGCAAAAAACGCGGAGUGCGGAGAAAAACGCCUUUUGGCCGUAUCAUUGCCAGUUCUGUGCUCUUCGGAUUUCUCCUGAAAAAUGAAAAACCGAAUCUUCGCCUGCAAGGAGGCUUUUGACAUAGGGGUUUUGUUAAAAAAUUUUUUUUUUAUGAAUUUGUGCCAAGUUUAAUCAGAAUCUGCACUUGUAGUAAAUUCCCUGUUGGUUAUACUAUACUGUAAACACCUUUUAUUUUAUAGCAUGAAAAAAUUUGGGCAGCUAUCGAGCAGAUCAAAAAACAUGGCCUGAAAGUGGCAUUGCUUACAAACAAUGGAUGGUGGACUCCCAGGAAAGGACGGACAGUUAUUUGCGAUGACUUGAGUCUAUUCGAUGUGGUAGUAGAGAGCUGUAAAGAGGGGAUCUGCAAACCACAUCCAAAGAUUUUUCAGGUUAGACAACUUAUCAUUGUUUUAUUGGAGGUUACCAGCAGCUGUUUAGUACUAGUCGCCGCAAAAAGUCUUUGGAAUUUUCUGCGACUCUGCACUGUGCACAAACCCGAAAACACAUUUUGCACCGUGCAUCCGGCCCGAAAAGUGCUUUUGCACAGUGCAAUUUUGUUGUUUUUGCCUUAUUGUCGCGCGCGAUUCCCAUUUUUCUCAGCGACAAAUCGACUUUUCGGGGUGCGACGGAAUUUGGGGGCCGCGAAAAAUUCCAAAGACUUUUUGCGCCGACUAGUACUAGUCGCGACAUAAAGUCCGUAGAAUUUUCUGCACUGUGCAUAAACCCGAAAAAGCAUUUUGCACUGUGCAUUCACCCGAAAACACAUUUUGCACUGUGCAAUUUUGUUGAUUUUGCCUUAUUGUCGCGCGCGAUUCCCGUUUUUCGCAGCGACAAAUCAACAUUUCGGAGCGCGACGGAAUUUGGGGGCCGCGAAAAAUUCUACGGACUUUAUGUCGCGACUAGUAAUUAUCAGUCUGGCCGAAAAAGAACCGGCCUCCCCGAACCCUUCCGUCGCACUCACUCCAAACCCCAAUUUGCACCGCGCAGAAAUUUGGAGGACGUCGCCGAAGAAAAGAGCAAAAACGACGCAUCGCCAGCGAUAAAUGGGGGUUUUGCACGGUGCAAAUGCCCUUUUUCUGCUGUUUCGCACUGUGCAAUCAACAAAAUUCCCACAAAUUCAGCGAUCUUUCGAUGUCGCGCGCACUUUUGCGAUGCAUCGCAAAAACAUUCAAUUUCGAGGUUGCGAUUUCGAUGCGCGAGGGGGGCCGGUUCUUUUUCGGCCAGACUGAUAUCAGUCUGGCCGAAAAAGAAUUGUCCUCCGCGCCCCCCUCCAUCGCACUCACUCGAAACCCCAAUUUGCAUCGCGGAGAAAUUUGGAGGGCAUCGCCGAAAGAAAGAGCAAAAACAACGCAUCGCCAGCGAGAAAAGUGGGUUUUGCACAGUGCAAAUGCCCUUUUUCUGCUGUUUCGCACUGUGCAAUUCCACAAAGGGUCUAUAUUUUUCUCCCAGAAUUAAAAAUAUUUUUCCCCAGAAAAGAGCAUUAUAGAAAAACUCCUAUUUUCUCCCAGAAAAAAUAUAUUUUCUCCCAGAAAGAAAAUAUUUUUCCCCAGAAAAGAGAAUUAUGAAAAAAAAUGCUAUUUUCUCCCAGAAAAGAAAAUAUUUUCUACCAGAAAACAUGAUUUUGUAAAAAUAAAGCACGGAAUUAGUAAAAAUUAAUGAAUAAGUAACUUUACUAGUAAAAUAAAUUAAGCAGUAGCGUAAAAUAGUAUUUGUAGUAAGUUUUUUGAGGAAAUACUGGAAAGAGAUGUAAUCGACGGUGCUGAUUUCAAAAAUGAUGCUCAUUUUUUGUGAUUUUUACUUUUUUGUGGUCAAAGGGUGCAUUGACAGCCUGUCUGUGUCGUCUUCUGCGUCAGGAAGAACAUUCAGAUUUACAAUAAGAGAAACCCAUCCAUAUUUUCAUUGGGAACAAAAGACAUCCAAGAAUAAACCAUUAAAGAAUUCAUUCAUGCAUGCCUUUGUAUAAAUCAUUAUAAUUCUUACUUGUUUUUAAACUCAAUUAAGAAGUCGUCUAAAGUAAUAUCAUCUGGAAGUUGAAAAUCUGAAAAAAAAAUUAGAAAAACGUGGGAUUUCCAGCUUUGUUGCAAGUAGUAAUGUAAAAUACGAUCCAUGGGUCCCAAAGAAGUGCAUAAUAUCGGAUUCGAACUGACUGACAUAUUGACUUGUCGUGCUGAAUUAUACCUUUAGGAUAUCAACGUCUUCGACAUCACUAUCUUUUAGAAGGUAGUAAUCUCUCAUGUUUUAUUCUUGAAUGUCUUUUUUUCCCGAUGAAGAUAAGGAUGAAUUUCUCUUAUUGUAAAUCUGAAUGUUAUUCCCGGCGCAGAAGGCGAAAAAGAAAGGCUGUCGAUGUACACUUCAAUGCACUCUUUGAGCACAAAAAAGUAAAAAUCACAAAAAAUUAGAAUCAUUUACGAAAUCAGCACCGUCGAUUACAUCUCUUUCCAGUAUUUCCUCAAAAACUUACUACAAAUAAUAUUUUACACUACUGCUUAAUUUAUUUUACUAAUUCCGUGCUUUAUUUUUACAAAAUCAUGUUUUCUGGUUUCUGGGAGAAAAUAGCAUUUUUUUCAUAAUUCUCUUUUCUGGGGAAAAAUAUUUUCUUUCUGGGAGAAAAUAUAUUUUUUCUGGGAGAAAAUAGGAGUUUUUCUAUAAUGGUCUUUUCUGGGGAAAAAUAUUUUUAAUUCUGGGCGAAAAUAUUUUUCCCUUCCACAAAUUCAGCGAUUUUUCGAAGUCGCGCGCACUUUUGCGAUGCAUCGCUCAAACUUUCGGUGCCGCUCAUUUUCGAGGGUGCGAUUUCGAUGCUGCGACGAGGGUAAUUCUUUUUCGGCCAGACUGAUACUACUAGUCGCGACAUAAAGUCCGUAGAAUUUUUCGCGGCCCCCAAAUUCCGUCGCGCUCCGAAAUGUUGAUUCGUCGCUGCGAAAAACGGGAAUCGCGCGCGACAAUAAGGCAAAAUCAACAAAAUUGCACAGUGCAAAAUGUGUUUUCGGGUGAAUGCACAGUGCAAAAUGCUUUUUCGGGUUUAUGCACAGUGCAGAAAAUUCUACGGACUUUAUGUCACGACUAGUAGUCGCGGAAAAAAGUCCUGGGAUUUUCUCGCGCCCCCCAAAUUCCGUCGCGCCUCGAAAAGUUGAUUUGUCGCGGGAAUCGCGCGCGACAAUAAGGCAAAAUCAACAAAAUUGCACUGUGCAAAAGCACUUUUCGGGUUCAUGCACAGUGCAGAGUCGCAGAAAAAUCCCAGGACUUUUUUCCGCGACUAGUACUAGUCCUUCCGUAAAGUCGCUGGAAUGUUUUCGGCGACAUGCACUCCGCGAAAACGAAAGUUCACUUUGCACUGUGCAAUUUUUGGCUUUUUGCACAGUGCAAUAAGCUUUUUUGGGACGUCGCUCGCACCCUGAGUUUUCUUGCACAGUGCGCGUCGCCGAAAUCAUUCCAGCGACUUUACGGAAGGACUAGUACUAGUCCUUCCGGAAAGUCGCCGGACGGAAAUCGGCGACAUGCACUCCGCGAAAACGAAAGUUCACUUUGCACUGUGCAAUUUUUGGCUUUUUGCACAGUGCAAUAGGCUUUUUGGGGCUGUCGCUCGCACCCUGACUUUUUUCGCACAGUGCAAACGUCAAAAAUCAGUCCGGCGACUUUCCGGAAGGACUAGUACUAGGCGGGCCAAAAAGUCUUGACAUGUUUUCGCACCGUGCGGGCGCAUGAAUUCGGUGUCGCGACGAGGUGUCGCGCGAUAAAACCUUUGGCGGGGUGCGAAUGAAGAACGCACUGUGCGUUGUUUCCCCCUUUCAAAACAAUCUUUUUUGCACUGUGCGGUGUCGCAUUGCACCGUAAAUUUUUCUUGUCGCCGCGCGACAAAUUGCAUGCACGACGGCGCACGUCAAGAAAAAGUAAAAGAAAAACGGGCGCCCAAUGAAAAAGCCUAGAAUUUUUUUUGGCAUUCUGCCCGGUGCAAAUCCGUUUUUGUCCAAAUGGUUUUCAAUAUUUUGACAUAAAGAUUAUUAGUAAAUCACAAGAUAUUGAUACCAAUAGAAAGCUCGAGAGUUGCUUAAGCUAAUAGAACCAAAAUAUACCCAUAAUCAUAGUAUUUUGACAGUCUUCCAAGGCGAAGAAAACAACGUCUAAAUAAAAUUUUGUAUCGACGAUACCGAGUCAGAGAGAACUGGAAGGGGGUAUAGGCUCCACGUCAAAAAAAUCGUUAAACUAUUCUUCGAGUAUCUACAUCGGUCUCGUCCCGCUUGAUGGGACAGUUUUUUUGAUAUUCGGCCUUGAAAUUUGCACUAUUUUUAGCCUAGCUCGAACCGUGUUCAAAAAAUGCGUCACGAUGACACCCAUUCAGAAUGUGCCAGUGGUAUAAAAAAUAGUUGUAUACGACUAGUAGUACUCCCUAGAGCUCCCAUAAAAAAAAUUAGGUUAAACAUUGUUGUUAUGUGCAAUUUGGAUGACAGAUUUUAUGAAUUUUUUUUCGCUGUGAGAACCUUUGCAAUGCCCGCAAUUUCUUGACGUGCGGCGCACUGUGCAGACAUGUCAAGACUUUUUGGCCCGCCUAGUACUAGUCCGUUCGUAAAGUCGCUGGAAUGUUUUCGGCGACAUGCACCCCGCGAAACCGAAAGUUCACUUUGCACUGUGCAAUUUUUGGCUGUUUGCACAGUGCAAUAGGCUUUUUCGAGCUGUCGCUCGCACCCUGAGUUUUUUCGCACAGUGCACUUCGCCGAAAUCAUUCCAGCGACUUUACGGAAGGACUAGUACUAGUCGCGGAAAAAAGUCCUGGGAUUUUCUCGCGCCCCCCAAAUUCCGUCGCGCCCCGAAAAUUUGAUUUGUCGCGGGACUCGCGCGCGACAAUAAGGCAAAAUCAACAAAAUUGCACUGUGCAAAUGCACUUUUCGGGUUCAUGCACAGUGCAGGGUCGCAGAAAAAUCCCCCGACUUUUUUCCGCGACUAGUACUAAAAAGUCCUGACAAUUUUCGCACCGUGCGAAACUUUGGGUUUUGGACGUCGCCCCUGCAAAUUCGGGUUCGUCGCGCGCAAAAGUGCAUGUCGCUAGUGAAAAAAAGGGAAAUUGCGGCGACAAAUGCGAAAUGAAAGAAGAAUGCACGGUGCGAAAAUUGUCAGGACUUUUGAGCGCGAUUAGUAUUCGCGGGCGGACUUUUCGGGUCGACGGCAGUUCGUGUCAAUACAAAAUCGGUCGAUGCGCGGUGUAGGGCAGGCGGAGACCCACAAAAGUGGUAGGAGGUACCUAGGAGCCUGACGAAACCGUCGUUUAAUGCUGGCGGACUUUCGGCGAAGGCUUGCCGGAUAAUGGAGGCGAUCCACAGUUGACCUGAACUGUGUCGCUAACCCCAAAAGUCGCAACACCCACCAUUAUUUUUUUUAUCCUAAUCUUAUUUUUUUAUUCCUUAUUUAGACGACUCUAAAAAGGUUGGGAUUGGAAGGACCUCAAUGUUUGUUUGUCGACGAUCUGCCAAAGAAUAUUGAGGGUGCUCGGAAAUUGGGGAUCCAUGGCAUCCAGGUGAGCAACUAUGAUUAGAUAAAAAAAACGUUUAUUAAGUGUAUAUUAGAUAUAAUACUUUUGACGUUCCAGAUGAUUGAUCAAAACCAAGAUUUGGUGGUCCACAAACUGGAGCAGGCUCUGCAACUUCCCCUCCGCAACAUUCCCCCUUACUCCAUUAACCAAAGUACAGUAUCUCAACCCAUCGCGCGACUAUAA